AUGGAAUGUCCUGGAUUGUUGAUCAUAUAAACUGAAAGACUACUUGAAAUCAAACCCUCGCUAUUCGAAAGUCUUCACUAAAUGACCCAAAUACCUCUGGUAAUAUGUUCAGGGUCAACGCAUUCAAGGCCUGUAGACUUAGUGUCGGUUGGACUGGUGCCACCGUAGUCAUCGUAUUCUCGAUGUCUUCUCGCUCGUGCUACCUGCUGAUCAAUGUCUUGACGGCAAUGAAAAGUACAUUUGGUAAGUAUGUCCAUUGCCGCCUUCUGGAAGGAAACACUGGAAUGAAAAUUCCACAAGCUGCGGUGAUUGCUUUAAUUUUUCGCUUUCUAGAAAAACUGGUUAAUACAAGACUUGCUGUCAUAUCUAGAAGAUGGGCUAUGGUGACACUUGUCCGAGAAGAAGCUCCGUAUCAGGUCCCGAACUCAGUGACACGAUGAACUUUGUCACAUCUACUGCACAAUACCCAAAGCAUACACUCUUAGUUCUCGUCUUGCGCUUGCAUUGGGAAG